GCAACUCUUUGCGGUCCCCUUUCUUUGCUUUCUUGAAAUGUUCCUGCGUGCAUAUCGAUAGUAGAACCCGGUGCUGUGCUACGUGUGCGCCGUCGAGUCCUCAAGCCCUCCCCCGAGCCCCCGCCGCAUACGCAACGUUCUACCGCUCCGAGCGACUGAGCUCCGGUCGAAUCCUUGUGUGACGCUCACGGCGCAACGAUAUGGCUUCCGCCCUGAAUAAACGCCAGCAGGCGCGUAAUGAGCGUACGCUGCAGGAGCUAAUCAAGACGGUGCCUGGGAAUGGGACUUGCGCUGACUGUGGUGCAAAGAAUCCAGGAUGGGCAAGUUGGAGUUUGGGCAUCUUUCUGUGCAUGCGCUGCGCAGCCCUGCACCGCAAGCUGGGGACACACAUCUCAAAGGUCAAAUCGCUGAGCAUGGACAAAUGGGACAAUGCGCAGGUCGACAACAUGAAGCGCAUUGGCAACGCCGAGUCGAACAAGACGUACAACCCACGCAACUCGAAGGCGCACAUACCAAUCGAUGUCGACGAAGUAGAUGGUGCUAUGGAACGCUACAUACGGCAGAAGUAUGAACAGAGGAUAUUCAUGAACGCCUCGCAACCAGGCACGCGACACAACACGGGCAGCACGAGCUCUGAAGACAGACCGCCACCACUACCGCCAAAGCCAACAGGGCGAUUUGGGUUCGGGUUGAGGAAGACAUCGACUUCGAAGUCUCCUCCAAUGUCUCCUGGUCUUGGGUUCGGACAAGAAACAUCUCCGCCGCGCGUGAACAAACCGUCUCGAGUCUUUGGCUCAAACAUCCACACAUCCGGCGAUGGUCUGGACUCAAAGCUGGCGACGCUGCGAGACAUGGGCUUCCCAGACGACAAGCGCAACUCGACCGUCUUGAAGGGGUUGAAUGGCAAUCUGGACAAGACAGUGGAGGCAUUGAUUCGGCUGGGAGAGCAAAACUCCGGAAAGUCUGGGCGGACGACACCAACUCCACCGACGAAGAACGGGGUGAACGGUCUCUCGUUCGACAACAUUCCGCAAAGCACACCUGCUGCCGCUUCGACGAAUCCGUUCGACGCGCUGGAUGCAGCGCCCCUGGCUCAAUCACAGCAGCCGCAGAACCAGCAGUUCAACUAUGGCGGACAGCAACAGGCGAACCAGCAGGCGAGCUCUUACAAUCCAUUCUUAUCACAGGGCUCGCAGGGGCAGUACCAGCAGCAGGGAGGAGCUCAGCAACAACAGAAUUAUGCUCUGCAAGGGCAGUAUCAGCAGCAGCAGCAGCAGCAGCAGCAACCCCAGCAACAACAGAAUUAUGGCCAGUCAUACAAUCCAUUCGAACAACAGCCACAGCAGCAACAACAGCAAUUGCAGCAGAGCCUGGAGCAAUCAUUCCAGGGUUUGCAGCUAUCCCAACAACAGCCUCAGCAAUACCAACAGUCUCAACAGCCCGCACAGCCAUUGUUUCCUAACCGGACAGGAGGACUUGGACAGCCGAACCCACCUUUUGCGCAAACGAACCCAUUCCAGCAAUCUUUCACACCACCACCAAUGCCACAGAUACCCGAGCAAUACAGCUCAUUUUACCCACCCCAACCACAGUACCAAUCGAUGUCUCAGCCAGCAAGCCCAGGAAAUCCCUUCCUGAAAUCUUCAAAGAGUCAGAUAUUCACACCCUCAGCAAACUCCAAUCCAUUCGGCUCGAGCCUUAGCCAACAACCUCAGCGAUUCCAACAGCAGCAGACAACGCAACAGCAAGCAUUCAACCCCUGGACAACCCAACAACAGACGCAAACGCCAACCACACAAGCUCCUAACCCGUUCAACAGCAUGGGACAAAGCUACCAACAGACACAAACUCCCACAUCCCCAGCGCCGAACCCAUGGCAGUACCAGCAACAACCCGCCCAACAGUCCAGCUACCCACAGAGCAACCCACCAUUCGACAGGUACGCAGCGUUCUCACAGUACAGCCAGCAGCAAUCUGCGCCCCAGCGCUCUGCAACAAUGCCAAAUCUGCUGCUGGGCCAGACAGGCGCAGGAGCCCAAGCACCAGCACCAGCCGCCCCUUCUGCGCCUGCAGCAACUGAAGCUCUGUCGUUCUCCGGUCACUCGAAUCCGUUCCAGAGCGCGGCACCGACACAAGCUGCGCCGCAGGUUGGGCAAGCUAAACCGUUGCCUGCGCUUUCGAACAUGCAGGGUGCUAGGCAUGUGAGUAACGAGAGUGUAGAUUUUACGGGGUUGAUGGGUGGACGGCAUAGCCCGGAUGCUUUUGGGAGCUUGAGUUCGAGUUUUAGGAGAUGAGGAGAUGGUAGGAGGUAUGUGGAGUUAUAUUCUGCAUAGCGUGCGUUAUCGAAUCAUGGAGAUGGAAGUUAUAGGGAAAUUAUAUGCACUUCAGCAUGAGAUCGACUAGC